CUGAUUGGACAGCGCGCACAUGGCAGACGGAGGCAGGUAUUUUGAUGCGGUGCUCCCUGCCAGCGGAGUUUGUUCUGCACGAAUUGCAUUGAGUUGAAAGUCAAUAAUAUCGUCUGUGUUACUGUUAGUAUAAUUUGAGCAAUGAACUUCGGGCCCGUUUCAAAACAGGACUCGUUACAGUUAAAAGGAUAUCGCCACGCUUGCCACGUCAUGAUCUACGCACCUUCUGACGAGAAGCUCUUCGGGAAAAUUCCAGUAAGAUACGCCGUCUUGAUGCAGCUCCGGUUUGACGGGCGGCUGGGGUUCCCUGGCGGGUUUGUGGACCCGGCGGACAGCUCUCUGGAGGAGGGGCUGAACCGCGAGCUGGGGGAGGAGCUGGGGGCAGCGCUGACUCUGGGGGAGUCGGAUCACAUGUGCACACACGCCUGUAGCACGCCUCCGCAGAAACUCGUAACUCACUUCUAUACCAAGAAACUCAGCCUGGCAGAGCUGCAGGAUAUCGAGAGAGGAGCCUUGACAGCCACGGAGCAUGGAAAAGAGGUGAUGGGUCUGGUUCGGGUUCCUCUCUUCACUCUACGGGACGGUAUUGGGGGUCUCCCUGCCUUCCUGUCGAACUCGUUUGUGGGGAACGCGCGCUGCCAGCUGGUCGACGCUCUGAGGUCACUGCAGCUCGUCCGGGAGCCCUGGCUGCAGCUGUCCAUCAAGCACAGCCAUCGCUAGUGACGUCAUCGACUGUGACAUCGUCACUGAGAGAGACACAGCCGAGGAGAGGAAUUUCCUUUCCUAAAGCGAAAUGCAAAGAGAAACAUUUUAUUUAUUUUAAUUUUUUUUUUUUUUUUUUUUUUUUUUUUUUUUUUAAUUGAUUUAUAUAGAAGCAUGAUGUUAAAUAGCUUUGUAUAUCUCUGUCUAUCUGGUUCUGCAUGAUAGGGUUAAUCGUUUUUUUUGCCUGUGUUUGCCUAAAAAAGCCACUAGAUGGCAGUGCUUGGAUUUUUUUUUUUUAAACAUUUUUUUCUGAUUGAAUUAAAAUGCUCUGUACUUGA